CUGAAUUUGGGGCGAAGUUCGCACAUUUCUCUGCUAGUCUUCCACCAUGGAGUCGCAGUCCAUUAAUAAUGUGAAGAUCAAUGUUGGAAACAAGUAUUACACCGAUCUCAUUCCUCUUACAAAAGACGGAUUUGAAGUAACUCGUGAGUUCCUUCAUCGAGUUAUCCAGAUACUCUUAGAUUUCCUGAAAUCAUCUAAUGACAGAAGUUCGAAGAUACUGGAUUUCUAUCAGCCAGAGCAGCUGAAGGAAAUACUGGAUUUCGACAUCCUUGCUGAACCUGAGAAUUUAGACCAGCUACUAACGGACUGUAGGAAUACUUUAAAGUUCCAAGUAAAAACUGGACAUCCUUAUUACUUCAACCAACUUUCUUGUGGGCUGGACAUCGUAUCCUUAGCUGGAGAAUGGCUAACAGCUGCUGCAAACACUAACAUGUUUACCUACGAAAUCGCCCCCGUGUUCAUUUUAAUGGAGCAAGUCACCUUGAAAAAGAUGAGAGAGAUUAUUGGUUUCAGGGAUGGAGACAGUAUUUUAGCUCCAGGUGGCGCUAUUUCUAACCUAUAUGCUGUGAUGACAGCCCGACAUAAAAUGUUCCCAAACUAUAAAACUCAAGGUUUGAAGUGUCUCCCGCAGUUAGUGAUUUUCACAUCUGAUCACAGUCAUUACUCCAUGAAAGGUGCCGGUAUGAUUACAGGAUUAGGGACUGAUAAUGUAAUAUCAGUUCCAUGUGACAACAGGGGUAAGAUUAUACCUACGGAGCUGGAGAAAAUGGUUACAGAAGCUGUCGCUAGGGGACAACGACCAUUCUUUGUUAACUGCACUUCUGGCACCACAGUCUUAGGGGCUUUUGAUCCUAUUCACCCUUUAGCGGACAUCUGCCAAAAGUAUGACAUGUGGCUACACGUCGACGCUGCUUGGGGUGGAGGCUGUUUAUUGUCUAGGAAGUACAGAGGUCUACUGGACGGCAUCGAAAGGGCAAAUUCCGUUACUUGGAAUCCACAUAAGCUGAUGGGAUCCUUGCUUCAGUGCUCUACCGUACAUUUUAAAGAAAACGGUCUCCUCAUCAGCUGCAACAUGCUGAGCGCUGACUACCUGUUUCAACAAGACAAACACUAUGACGUCACUUACGACACUGGAGACAAAGUUAUUCAAUGUGGUCGCCACAACGACAUUUUUAAACUGUGGCUCAUGUGGCGGUCAAAAGGAAUGACAGGAUAUGAAAAGCACAUCGACCAUCUCUUUGAUAUGGCCCAUUACAUGGUCAGGAAGUUGAAGGAAAGAAAAGACCGUUUCUUCUUGAUCCUAAACGAGCCGGAAUGUGUUAACGUCAGUUUCUGGUAUGUUCCUCCUGGCUUAAGAAAGAUGCCACACAACAAGGAAAAAGAGAUUAAACUUGGACAGAUAACAGCGAAACUUAAAGGAAGAAUGAUGGAUACAGGCAUGUUGAUGAUUGGCUACCAGCCUCUCGGAGACACGCCCAACUUCUUUCGUGCGAUAAUCUCAAACCCAGGAGUAAAGGAGGAGGAUGUAGAUCACAUGCUUAACGAGCUAGAACGGUUAGGAUAUGACCUUUAGAAAGACAGAUUAUGUUAUUUUGGGUUAAAUUGAACUGACUAAAUCUAUGUGUUGGUAAUUAGAUGUAUGACAGAAUGUAGUACUGUACACAAAAAUCAGUAGAUAUAUCAAUCAAAUUACAGGAUGUAAAUCAUAACAUAGGUUAAUCACAACUAUCAAUUCCUUUACGGUUUUAUUUUUGCAUGAACGUUACUGAGAAGAUACAAUAUAAUUUAGGCAAUGUGUAAAAUAAAACCAUAUUUUGAAUUCAGAGUCUACACCAUAGCAGUCUGGUCAACCUACUUCUAUGCUAUUAACAACAUUUCGUAAAGUUCUGAAAAAUAGGAUUCUGAAAAAAAAAGAAGAAA